AUGAGGUUGGUUGGUGUCUGUCCAUGGACAGAGGAUCCCAAUGGGCUUGGCAAGAUGGGAGGAUGUCACAGUAAGAAAGUUGUAAUCCCAGACUUUGAAACCCCGGGGAGAUGCAGGCCGAUGUUUGGAAGUUGUCAGUCAGACAUACGGCCACAAACCAGAACAUCGGAAGACUUACCAGUCAAUAGACAGGCGGCGUUUACCUUGGAACAACUGGAACACUUGGAGACUUGCCUGAAGGAAGCAGAAGAGAAGGCUAAUGCUCUAUUGGAACAGCUUACAGCCUCCGAAGAAGCAAAACUGCAGCUGCUUGAGAAAGUUUCCUUGCUGGAGACAAGACUGCAGGCUGUGAGCCAGCGGAGUGCUGGAGGAGAGUCCUAUGAAAACGUGGUGCUUGAGAAAGACAAGUGCAUUGAGAAGCUGCAGGCUGAAGUAAAAGCUUCCCAGGAGAAACUUACAGCCCAUAAACUAAAGCACAAAAAGGCAGUGAAAAAGCUACAGACUGACUUGGCAAUAGCUAAGCAAGAGGCUGCCAUUACUGUCCUGGAACUCAAUGAGAAGAUAAAGUCACUCUGUGAAGGAAGGCCUUGCCCUAGAGCAUCCGGCUCGGUAGAAGUGCCCUAUGGAGGUCUCCCACCUGUCGAAGAAGGGGACAGAAAGAUCAGCCUGAUCAUGGAGCUGUCCACCCAGCUUUCCCUGCAAACUGAGAAGAUCACUCAGCUCGAAGAAGUGUUAGCAGAAAAGGAGCAGAAGAUUGAGGCGCUGGUUGCUAAGCACAGUGACCAGCUCUCCCAAGAAGACGCAAACCUUACAGACGAUUUACAAGAACUCCCCGUUGUAUGUGAUGAUAAGAGCGUUCCCGUGGCCUCUGAUGAGGAGUUGUAGAUUUCCUAUAUGACAAUAAUUAAAGUUUAGUGUCAUCAAGGUGGAGUCCAAAGCGUAAAUACCCAGUCAAGUUCAAGUUUACAGAUUUGAGUAUCACCUACAGUGUUCAUGCUAGGAGAAAACCAUAGAAAGGGGAGAAGCAGACCCUAAAAGUGUCCACCACUCAACAGUGGUCACAUUGCCA